AUCUAUAUUUAUGUAUAUAAAUGUAUGUAAUAUUUGAUCUUGAGUCAUAAAAUGGCGGAUUAUUUUAUAAAGAAUCGUUGUAUUUAAAGAAAUCUGUAUUGGUUUCCGUAUUUUGCAUAAAUAUUUUCCUAAAAUAUCUAUAAGUAAUGCGGCAACUGUCAUGUCAAAUUGACAUUUUUAAUUUUUUUUAAGCGCCAUAGUUCUGCAUUUUUCUUUCUUUUUCUUUUUUUUAAGUUAAAAAACAAACGCCAAUCUAUUCCCAUACAUUUUAUCGAAGUGAAAAUGACUACACGAAAUAUAAGACAAGUAAAUGUGAUACCAUUACAAAAUAUCAAAAAAGAAAGGCAUGUCGACCAAGAAGAUGAAGAUACAGUGUCGUGCAGGAUCUGCAGCAAAGGGUUUAUAACAGAGAUUGCGUUGACAAACCAUGCUCGAGUGGAGCACAUUGACGAGUACAUGGCUGGUCAGGAUCUGUGCGUUAGGAAGUAUGUGAACCAGAAGAGAAAGUUUACAGAGGAUGAGAAACGCGAAAUUUGUAUAAAAACAGAAGAGAUGAUAUCAUCAAUGAAGCCAAUAAAUAUAACCAGCCUGGCGUCUAAUGACGUCAGCUACAUGAUUAUAAAGACCAAUGGGCAGCCCGAGAUCAAGAAAUUGAAGCAGGAAAAAGUCAAGGUAGUCAAAGAACCGAAACCAGAAAAGAUAGUCAAAACAGUAGUCAAAGAAAAAGAAGUCAAAGCUAUAAGCGGUCCGUUCGAGUGCUUGCAGCCGUCCCCGCUGGGCGGCGCGGCGCUGUGCCACCAGAUGUUCCUGUCGUGCUGCGAGUACUCCGCGCACCUGCGGGACGAGCACCCGCGCCGCCGCCGCCCGCCGCGCUGCCAGGUGUGCGAGCGGCCGCUGGGGGAGCACGCGCACUGCUGCCAGGUGUGCGGCAUGGGAUUCGAAACUUCCAAAGAACUGUCGGAUCACAGUCAAACGGCUCACAUCAAACUAAAACCAUUCCAAUGUUCGAUAUGCCAGAAAAGGUUCACCCAACAAAGCGGAGUCCAGCAGCACAUGCGAAUGCACACCGGAGACAAGCCGUUCGCGUGCACUUUCUGCCCGAAGGCCUUCACCCAAAAGUCAGGUCUCGAUCAACACCUACGUAUACACACCAAGGUCAAGCCAUACAAAUGCAUCAUUUGCAGCAAGACUUUUGCUCAAUCGGUUCAUUUGCAGCAACACAUGAGGACACACACCAACGUGGCUCCGUUUCAGUGUGGAAUAUGUCAGCAGCGUUUCAAACAGAGCAGUCAUUUGAACUAUCAUCUGAAGUACCAUAACCCGGCAAACAUGACGGACGAACAAAAAGCGCGGUACGCGAGGCUAGUGCAGCUGAUGGGGCACAAAAUUGUUGAAAUUGACGUCAACAAUGAUUUGCUACUGGAGCAAGUCCAAAGUGAAGACAUAGCGACGUCUAUUGUCGAUAUUGAUUUUUCCGUGGAAAAAAUAAUUGAACAGAACUGAAGGUUUACGUUCUACCCUCUAUAUUAUUGAGGCUUCUCUUUAUCGUACUGAGAAUAACUAAGAGGCCGUGCGUUAAACACAUUAUGCGGAAUUUACCGUUUUGAACCCCUUUCUCCUUGUCACGCUAAGGCACUUUCGGUGACCAACAAAUAUUGCGUCACAAGAGGUUCUUCCCCUAUAGAUGUAAUGUAAAUCUGUCGCAGCUUAAUCCCUGCGUGUUUCCCUUGGGCUAAAGCGGGUCUUGGUCCGGGGCGGCAUUCUGCGAAGGGUAGCGCCAGCCGAGCAUGGGCAUUAGGGAUGUGAAAAAAAUAAUCGAAUUUUAUUUCGGCUUUUUGGCUUUUUUUAUCGGCUGGCUUUUUUUACUUUUCUAUUGUAAAAAUCAGUCGAAAUAUUCACCUAAAAUAUACGAUUAUUUAUUGUCAUUUCCCUAAUAAAUACGUUGCUUUAUAAUUUUACCCUUAACUUAUGGGGUGGCAAAUUAAAAUCGUCCGCGACGAACUGAAUCUUAAAAUACGCCACGGAAUCCGCUUCGCUGCUCCACUGCGGGUUUGCGAAUAUAUUU